CCCGGGCGGUGUCCAGCCCGGGCUCCGGGAUCCGCGGCGGCCCCGGCUCGCAGUCCGCGGACGCGCGCUCGGCAGCCGCAGCGAGGGCCGCUUGGGUUCGGCCCUUAGCUCAGGCCAGGCCCCGGACCGGCGGCCUCCGGAGCCGUGGGGAGAGGGGGGGGGGUCCGGCCCCACGGGCCCGUCAAACUUCGGGGCUUCGCGGUAGAGCGGUGCGCCCCCAUCCUCUGACGUUUUCGGCUCCCUGUGCAGAGGGCAGCUCCGGGACCACAGGUGCGCCCACGUACCCCUAGCAGCAGGGGCGCCUGGAGCCGGGGGCCCCGCCCCGACGCGCCGGGAGGGCGCAGCUCCCGGCCCCCGGGGCGAGGGGCGGGAAGGGGCUCUGGCGGCGGCGGCGGCAGCGGCGACCGCGCCGGGAAAAAGAGCUGGGCGGAGGGCGGGGUGUCUCGGAGGAGUGUCACGUGCAGGAAGCGGAAGCCCAGGCUCCCUUUCAGCUUUGUGCACCCUGCCUCGGACUCAGGCUCGGUGUCCCUCCCACUCGUGCCCCCGCCUGGCCCACCGGGAUGGCCCCGCCGGGGGACCCGCGCCGCCUCUGCAGGCUGGUGCAGGAAGGCCGGCUGCGCGCUCUGCAGGAGGAGCUGCGGGCGGCCGGCGGCUGUCAGGGCCCGGCUGGGGACACGCUCCUCCACUGUGCCUCCCGUCACGGACGCCUGGACAUCCUGGCCUAUCUAGCCGAGACUUGUGGCAUGGACAUCGAGGCCGCCAACCGAGACUACAAGCGGCCUCUUCACGAGGCUGCCUCUAUGGGCCACCGGAACUGCGUGGGCUACCUGUUGGACCGAGGGGCGGCGGUAGACUGCCUGAAGAAGGGCGACUGGACUCCUCUGAUGAUGGCUUGCACAAGGAAGAAUCUUGAGGUGAUCCAGGCCCUCGUGGAACACGGUGCCAAUCCACUCCUGAAGAACAAAGAUGGCUGGAACAGUUUCCACAUUGCCAGUCGAGAAGGCGACCCCCUUAUCCUCCAGUACUUGCUCACUGUGUGCCCAGAUGCCUGGAAGACAGAGAGCAAAAUCAGAAGAACUCCUCUGCACACUGCAGCAAUGCAUGGCUGUUUAGAAGCAGUAAAGGUACUUCUUAAGAGGUGCCAGUAUGAACCAGACUGCAGAGACAAUUGUGGCGUCACCCCAUUUAUGGAUGCAAUUCAAUGUGGUCAUGUGGAAGUAGCCAGGCUACUCCUUGAAAAACAUCAGGCUUGCUCUUCAGCCGAGGACAGCCUGGGGGCCCAGGCUCUGCACAGGGCAGCUGUCACAGGGCAGGAUGAAGCCAUCCGCUUCCUGGUCUCUGAUCUUGGCAUUGAUGUAGAUGUGAGAGCAACCACAACCCACCACACAGCACUUCAUUAUGCGGCCAAGGAAGGACAUACAAGUACACUUGAGACUCUCCUAUCCUUGGGUGCUGACAUCAAUGCUAAAGAUGAACGAAAUCGAUCAGCCCUGCAUCUAGCCUGUGCAGGUCAGCACUUGGCUUGUGCCCAGUUUCUCCUGCGGUCUGGGCUGAAGGAUUCUGAAGACAUAACGGGCACCCUGGCUCUGCAGCUCACACAGAAUGUGGACAUCCUCCAAGGCUUUGACCCCUGUGCUACGACAUAAGUAGGUUUCUACACGGAGACAAUAAAAUGCAUGGCAAUU